AUGAGUGGCGGCCAGCAGCUGCAGCUGGCUGCCCUCUGGCCCUGGCUGCUGAUGGCUACCCUGCAUGCAAGCUUUGGACGCACAGGACCCGUGCUGGCAGCAGCGGUGGAGUCUGAAAGAUCAGCAGAACAGAAAGCUAUUAUCAGAGUGAUCCCCCUGAAAAUGGACCCCACAGGAAAACUGAAUCUCACUUUGGAAGGCGUGUUUGCUGGUGUUGCAGAAGUAACUCCAGCGGAAGGGAAAUUAAUGCAGUCCCAUCCGCUGUACCUGUGCAAUGCCAGUGACGACGACAACCUGGAGCCUGGCUUCAUCAGCAUCGUCAAGCUGGAGAGUCCUCGAAGGGCUCCUCGGCCCUGCCUGUCACUGGCCAGUAAGGCCCGAAUGGCUGGUGAGCGUGGAGCUAGCGCGGUGCUCUUUGACAUCACCGAGGAUCGAUCGGCCGCUGAGCAGCUGCAGCAGCCGCUGGGACUGACUUGGCCAGUGGUGCUGAUCUGGGGUAAGGAUGCCGAGAAGCUGAUGGAGUUUGUGUACAAGAACCGGAAGGCCCAUGUGAGGAUUGAGCUGAAGGAGCCCCCAGCAUGGGUAAAUUACGACGUGUGGAUCCUCCUGACUGUGGUGGGCACCAUCUUUGUGAUCGUCCUGGCUUCAGUGCUGCGCAUCAGGUGUCGUCCCCACCGUAGCAGACCGGACCCUCUUCAGCAACGGACAGCCUGGGCCAUCAGCCAGCUGGCCACCAGGAGGUACCAAGCCAGCUGUAGGCGGGUGCGAGCUGAGUGGCCAGACUCAGGGAGUAGCUGCAGCUCGGCCCCUAUGUGUGCCAUCUGCCUGGAGGAGUUCUCAGAGGGACAGGAGCUCCGGGUCAUUUCCUGCCUCCAUGAGUUCCAUCGUAUCUGCGUGGACCCCUGGCUACACCAGCAUCGGACUUGCCCCCUCUGCAUGUUCAACAUCGUAGAAGGAGAUUCAUUUUCCCAGGGCCUGGGAGCCUCUCCAUCUUACCAGGAACCAGGCAGGAGACUCCACCUCAUUCGCCAGCAUCCUGGCCAUGCCCACUAUCAUCUCCCCUCUGCCUACCUGUUGGGACCUUCCAGGAAUUCAGGGGCCGGCCCCCCAAGACCUAGGCCCUUUCUGCCCUCCCAGGAGUCGAGAAUGGGCUCUCGGCAUCAACGCCUCUCCAGGGCUUCACAUCACCGGGCCCCGGAAGAACAGCAGCAUCUGGCAGUACCUCAGCACCCCUACGCGCAGGGCUGGGGGCUGAGGCACCUCCGAUGUACCCCUCAGCACCCCACAGUUUGCCCAGCGGCCCUGCGUCGGGCCAGGCCUCAUGACAGCAGCGGGUCUGGAGAAAGCUACUGUACAGAGCGCAGUGGCUACUUGGCAGAUGGGCCAGCCAGUGACUCCAGCUCAGGGCCCUGUCAUGGCUCUUCCAGUGACUCAGUGGUCAACUGCACAGACAUCAGCCUGCAAGGCAUCCAUGGCAGCAGUUCAACCUUCCACAGCUCCCUGAGCAGUGACUUUGACCCCUUGGUGUACUGCAGCCCCGAAGGGGAUCUUCGAGGAAAAGGAACGCAACCUAGGGUGACCUCUCGACCCCGUUCCCUGGAGUCAGUGGUGCCCACUGGGGAGACUCGGGUUUCCAGCCACAGCCACUAUCACCGCCACGGCCACCACCACUACAAAAAGCGGUUCCAGUGGCAUGGCAGGAAGCCUGGCCCAGAAAAUGUCCCUCAGCUCAGGCCUACUGCUUCUCAGACUCAGCUCCAACCGGAGCCAUCUAUCUUGGACCCGAAGUUGACCACACCCAACCCGGCAGCUUCUUCACUGCUCCCCAGCACACACCGGGCCAGAUCCCUUACAGAGCCAGCUCCUGGCUUAGCAGAAGCUGCCAGCCCCAACCCCAAUUCCAACCCCAACAGUCUUUUGAACUUGCAGAAAUCCAGCCUCCCUGUCCGACACCCACAGAGAAAACGGCGGGGUGGUGUCUCAGAACCCUUGCCAACCUCUCGGCCCCAGGACUUGACUGUUCACCCAGCUUGCCAGGUUUUUCCCCGUUACAGCCCCAGCGUAGCAUACCCUUGGCCCCCAGAGGCUCAUCCACUGAUCUUCAGACCUCCAGGCCUGGACAAGAGGCUGCUGUAUGAAGCCCCAGGCCCCUGUUACUCGCGGUCACAGCCAGUGUGGUUGUAUCUGCCCCCCCGCCAGCCUCUGGGACCAUGCUCUCCUGGAGAGGGACAUUCCGAGUGGAGUUCUGACAUGCCAGAGGGCAGAUCAUGCCCUUAUCCACACUGCCAGGUGCUACCAGCCCAGCCUGGCUCGGAGGAGGAGCUUGAGGAGCUCUGUGAACAGGCGGUGUGA